ACGUUUUCCCUUUCCACUUGCCACUCGCCUAAGCAACUCUAUAUACGUGUCCUUUUGUACCACACAGUCGCAGACGUGUUGUAGAAGUUUGGUAGUGCACAAGUUUUUAUCAGAAAUUUUUCAGCAAACAUGUCCUUGGACGAGAGAUUCAAAAAAGCCGCUGAUGAUGUCCAGAAGCUGAAAGCAAAACCAAAGGACACCGAGCUUUUGGAAAUUUACGGCCUGUUCAAACAGGGCACCGUCGGUGACGUCAACACAGACCGACCGGGUAUGCUAGACUUGAAAGGCAAAUCCAAGUGGGACGCGUGGAACGCGAAAAAAGGCACUUCUCAAGACUCAGCAAAAGAACAGUACAUUGCCAAAGCCGAAGCAUUGAUCCAGGCCUACGGUCUACAAUAAAUUACUAUUUUCUUUGCAUCAUUUGUUCAGUUUUUUGUAAUUGGGGAAUAAACACCAUUUUUCAAA